AUGUCAAAGUUGCAGUUGUUAUUAACUGAUCCAUUCACAGUGCAGAUUGUUAUUGCAAAGUAUUUGUUGCCUUGGACCAACACCAGCCUCUCGACAACAUUGAACGAUGAUCCAACUUCGAAUAAUGGCCAAACGUUGGCACAGUCAGUCGCAGCUGGUGCUCCCCCUCCAGCACAACCGCCAAUCGAAACCACGGGUCGUGGUCUGCUGACACUCGAGAACGCCGGGGCUCUACAAAUGGGCUUCUGGGUGCCCAAUCGUGUCUAUGCGCAUGUCAAGUUCCUUGCACCGCUUCGAACGCAAGUAUCCAAGCUAUAUGAAUCGAAGCAACUCAAGGAUUUACACCCAGUGGUGGCAGAUUUCAAGGAAUGGGUCACAUCUCAUAGUGUGUACCGUAUGUGGGUUCGCGCAAUGGUUGAGCAAGCCAACACAUUUAUUGCGACGCUGGACAGAGUCACCAAGGAUCAGAUCAAGAAAGAUGGCGAUACUCUCUGGAUUUCCAAUUAUGACGAAAUCUUUAACAUUAUGAACGCGAUUAUUCAGACAUCUCCCGCGUUCAACAAUACCGUCCAGGUUGGCUGCCCAAUGAGUGGUUUCUUGGCAGUCGGUAUGGGUACACAAGCCGGAGUUGCCCUGUUCCACGACGCAACCUUCAACGGCCAAUUCCAAAAGGUACUCAAUGCUUGGAAUGCCUUUCUGAAGAGUCCCAAAUCCCUUGACAAGCUAGACAUUACCAACCCUGAAAAGCCGGGAUCAUGGAUUUCCAAGGAGGCAUUCAAAGCAGGCGUUUGGGACGAUAUCCAAUAUGACCCUACACAACCGGGCUACGGCUUCGAUUCUUGGAACUCUUUCUUUACGCGCCCAUUCGCUCCUGGUGUCCGCUCAUUCGACGGUAAUGGGACAAACGUUGUAAAUGUUGGCUGUGAGACGACUCCGUGGGCGUAUGUGCAAAGCGCCGAUCAAGAAUGCAACUUUUGGAUCAAGGAUGGCCAAUAUUCCCUCAUUGACCUCUUUGCCAGCAAGAGCGAUAUUGCCAGUCUCUUUGUCGGUGGGCCAGUCUAUCAGGGCUUCUUGUCAGCCGUACACUACCACCGUUGGCACUGUCCCAUUGAUGGUCAGCUGGUCCUCUCUUGGGUUGAGCCCGGUACAUACUUUGCCCAGAGGCCCAACCAGGGCCAAAAUCCGGGACUAUGGGAAGGUAUGGGGUCUCAGACGUACAUUCCCCACGUCGCGACGCGUGCCAUAUUCAUCUUCAAGCACCCAAAGUGCGGCCAUGUUGCCAUGGUCUGCAUCGGCAUGGUCGAGGUAUCGACCUGUAUCAUUGAAAAGGACUGGAUUGUGAAGCCAGGUGACGACCCUAAACCCAUUAGCAGAGGGACUGAGAUUGGUCACUUUGAGUUCGGUGGAUCUACGCACAUGUUGUUGUUUGAGAAGGAUAAAGUGACGCUUGAAGACUGGGCAAAGGGGCCGCCAUCUGUCGACGUAGUGCGCAUGGGCUCUGUAAUCGCAAGUGCACUGGGCUCGAACUAA